GAAUAAUAGUAGUUUUCCUUUAUUUGUUUAAUUGUUAUCCACACCCCAUUGUAUUUUUGAAGACUGAAAUUAAGAAGAAUCGAAUUUGGAUGAGCCGGCAAAGCAAGACAACAAAAACAAGUUUCAAGCGCUUUUGGAGUUCAAAUUUCCACACUUUUUGUUGGACGAUAACACGGACCUAAAGAAAAGAAAUUGAGGAAAAACGAUCUGUCAUCAACCAGUCAAGCUCAAAAUAGUCUUUCCCGUCAAAACAUAGUGGGAAAAGGUGAAUCUUAGCGAGAGAAACUAGAGAGAGAGAGUUUGUGAAAAUUAUGAAGACGAAGGGAUGGAAAAAGAAAUUCUUUGAUACGGAAUCUCCUCAGCUCUCCGAAAAUGUCGCCGUCGCUGGUGACGCGCGUUUCUCUGAGGCACCUCGGCGUAUUACAGAGGCGAGCGUCGGAGCUGAUGUAGAAGGGGUGCCUGCGGCGUCGGAGGAGGAGGACGGAGAACAGCCGGAGGAACAGUGUGAUGACCUCCAGAUCGAAGUAGCUGAAGGCCAUGCGUAUGAAGGGGGGAACCGAAGACCAAAGCUAGCAGAAGGGUUUUACGAGAUUGAAGCCUUAAGGAAGAAGAGAGUUCGAAAGGGCCAAGUGCAGUACUUGAUCAAAUGGCGAGGCUGGCCAGAGACGGCAAAUACAUGGGAGCCUGUGGAAAACCUGUCAUCAUGCUCUGAUUUUAUAGAGGUGUUUGAAGAAAGUUUACGGUCUGGAAAAAGAUCCACCCGUGGGCGUAAGCGCAAGCACAGCAUUACCCACACCCAAGCAAAGAAAAAACAGAAACUGCAGCAGCCAUGCUCCCCUGAAGCUGCGGCAUACGGUCUGCCACCCAUGACGGUCAGGCAAGUAGAUGAACCACUGCCCAUCCUGUCGUAUGAUGACCCAAACAUUGUUAAUCAUCAAAUGAAGAAUGAAGCUGAGCUGGCGGCGCAUGAAUGUCAAGAGAUACUGGACUCUUCUGAAUGUAGGAAAACAAUUGAACCAAAUGAUUUGGAUUCGAAACUUAGUGAACUUAGUGAAACUCCUCUGACUGAUGGCCCCCAUGUAAAUAAUCAAUCUCACGAUGAACCUGGUCGGUGCAUUGGAGCUAAAAGGAGGAAGUCAGGGUCAGUCAAGAGAUUCAAGAAAGAGUCUUCCUCCAGUGUGUUUGAUGAUGUGGCAGACCGAGAAGCAAGUUGCAACACCAGUGUGGCUGUGUCUGAAGGAGUUCAGAACUGUGCAUUUGUGGGAAACGAUUUGGCCUACAAGGGUUUUGAAGAUGUAUAUAAUGUUACUCAGAUUGUCAAACCAAUGGGCUAUCAGACUUCAAUGUCCAAUGGAGUCCAAGAAGUUUCCAUAACCUUUUUGGCUAAGAGGUGUGACGGGAAAGAGAUAACAGUGGACAACAAAUUUCUGAAGGCAAAAAAUCCACUUCUGCUAAUAAACUUCUACGAGCAACAUCUACGGUACAACCCCUCUGAGUGAGUAAAGAUAGGGGAAGCUGUGGUCUGGCAAUGUGUUUAUGUUUUCAUUAGAGUUGGUUUCAACUUUCAACUACUAUGAGUGUUUUCGAAACUGCUGAUCUCCUUCACCCUUGUGUAGUUGCCACAUGUGAUUGUUCAAGAGCAAGUUGGUAUGAUACAGUCCCUCUAAAGGAACCUUGACCAGUCAGGGUCAGUUACCGGUCUCUAGUUUGGUUCACUGUUCGAUUUAUACUGGUUACUAAAGCCCAAUAAAAUAUAAAAUCAGAACAAGCUGUCCAGAUCUAUUUUGGAGGAGCCAGUAUGAAAAAUACCCAAUUACUGAUAGCGUUCUUGGAAUUUGGAAAUGUUGCCCUAGAGUCAAUUGUAACGUAAAUCAUUUGCUUCUUUACCACAGUGAUCUUAAGCAUUUGUGUUUAUACAUUUCACCCAAUUUAAUCGUGAAUGAAUUGUUUAUAGUACAUGAAGAGAAUGGUCAUUAUACACUUUUUGCUUGCAUAAACUUAGC